UUAGCAAGUUAUUAAUUGAUUAGUGAUGGGAUACAAGGUGUCACUAUGGAGUAAGAGCGCUGUUUUGGGGGAUCCCCUAACUUUCGAUCGAUAAGUCUUCGGCCUCUGACCGAUAUUCUCGUUUUAAUGGUACUUCUUUGUUUCUAAUAUCCAGAAAUGUAUGUUUGGAUGAAUUGUGUUUAUUCGUCUUGUAAUUAUAUUAUUUAUAGACAAGGUGUUAGUUGUGUUGACCGCAUAUUCUUUUUAUUUUUAUCUUGCAUUAUUGAGCAAUCCUGUCCUGUCUACAUUUGUAUAUGUCCUGCAAUAGCAAAGAAUUUAUUCUCUCCUUUAAAUAAAAUCAUAUUUUUUGUAGGUUUUAUAAAAUAUUCGAUUCUUAUCAAAAUAAUGUAUAAAGAAUACUGAGAAAAUUAUCUGUUCAAAGUUGUUUUUAUUUUCCUGUGAUAUUUUAGAAUGCAUGACUCUAUUCUGUGCUGUGCUUGAUGAUUUAUCUAUACUGGUUAAUAAUGAUUUCAAAAUGUUUUUCGGUACUCCCGUAGUAUGUGUACCAGGUUAGGGUUGAACUCAAAUUGAACUUUCACAAAUGUCUGAGAGUUUCCAAAGAUUUGGUGUUGCUACAACGUGAUGUCCACCCACCAUAUGUUGCCCACCCUGAAUCUGUUCGUUUAAUUUUAGGUUCAGACUGCUGAUGGGUGCUAGAUGCUUCCAGUCACUUCUUUCUGGUUUUUAUUGGCCUUUGCUGCUGCCUUGGUUUCUUUCACAUUAGACUCUUAAUUAAGGUUUAGAAGUUGGUAUAGUUAGGAUUGGUUGGGCUUUGUACAAAAUAAGUGUUCCUCGCUAAAUUAAAUAAGUGAUAUCCAUUUGGGAUGGAAAAUGCAGAUGUAUAUCUUAUGCUAUAAUAAUAGGUGGAGGUGGACUUUACGCUAUGGUACUAGCUUAAAGUAGAUCUUACCGAUGGUGCUAGGUGGAUGUAGAUCACACUAUAUACAGGGUGUCCAUAAAGUCCUUUUACAAUUUCAAUUUUGGUAUAAAAUCAAUUGUCAAUAUAUCUUAACCAUAACCAGGUUUGUUGUUUUUAAUCGGUAAUUAUUCAAGUAUUUUUACUUCAUUCAAUACAUCUGUGAGGGCCAAUAUAAGGUGUGGUAUCGAUAUAUUCCCUUUGCAAUUUCAAAAAGUUUAAGAUUUUAUGGACACCCUAUAGACCUCACGCUAUAGUACUAGAUUGAGAUAUACCUCCUACAAUAGUAGAACCUAAAAUUUAAUCUACAAUCUAAUUAAAAAAAAACUUUUUUUGUUUGUUAUGAAGGUAUGUAACUUGUAGAUGUAAACUAGUCUAGUCAAGAUUUGAUUUUUUGGGAGUAUGGCAACAUUGAGAGCUCUUCGGCUUUUACAUCCUAGCUUACAUGGAAUAUCAAGGAGGUUUUCGUCUACAACCCCCAAAAUAACAACGCAUUAUAGUAUUGUACCAAGAGAAACAGAUUCAAGAUGGAAAGAGAUCGAUAUGGAACGUUAUGCUGAUGAAGCAGACGUCAUAAUAGUGGGAGGAGGCCCAGCUGGACUCUCCUGCGCCAUCAAGCUGAAACAAAUGAGCAAUGAGGCUGGAAAAGAACUACGGGUUUGUGUCUUUGAAAAAGCUGCAGAGAUGGGUGCUCAUACAUUAUCUGGUGCAUGCAUCGAGCCAAAAGCAUUGAACGAACUCAUUCCUGAUUGGAAGGAAAAGGGGGCGCCUAUGAAAACCGAAGUCACGCAUGACAAGUUUGCAAUUCUCACAGAAAAAGGCAGAAUACCAAUUCCACUUUUUCCAGGGGUCCCAAUGUAUAAUAAAGGAAAUUACAUCGUUCGAUUGGGAAAUGUUGUUCGCUGGUUAGCAGAACAAGCUGAGGAACUGGGGGUUGAAGUUUAUCCUGGAUUCGCUUGCAGUGAAGUUUUAUAUCACAAGGACGGGAGUGUCAAGGGCAUUGCUACCAACGAUGUUGGAAUUCAAAAGGACGGUGCGCCGAAAGAUACUUUCGAACGUGGGAUGGAAUUUCAUGCUAAAGUUACUGUAUUUUCUGAAGGCUGCCAUGGGUCGUUGGCCAAAGGACUUUACAAUAAUGAGAAUCUAAAUUUAAGAGAAAACUGUGAGCCCCAGACAUACGGGAUCGGUCUCAAAGAAAUAUGGGUGAUUGAUGAGUCAAAGUGGAAGCCGGGACAGAUUGAACACACUGUAGGUUGGCCGUUAGACCGAUUUACUUAUGGUGGUUCAUUUAUUUACCAUUUAAAUGAAGGAGAGCCAAUGAUUUCAGUAGGAUUUGUCAUUGGACUUGAUUAUACAAACCCCUACAUGAGUCCUUUCCGAGAGUUUCAACGUUUCAAACAUCAUCCAUCUGUACGUGAUAUAUUUGAAGGCGGCAAGAGAAUUUCUUACGGUGCUCGUGCGCUCAAUGAGGGAGGUUUUCAAUGCAUUCCAAAGAUUGCAUUCCCUGGCGGAUGUAUCAUAGGCUGUAGUGCCGGUUUCAUGAAUGUUCCCAAAAUUAAGGGCACACAUACUGCAAUGAAAAGUGGAAUGAUAGCAGCCGAGUCUAUUUUCGGGGCUGUAACUGAUGAAAAUCGUACUGAUGAAACCAAAGGUCUAUAUGUGAGAGAAUACGAAGACAGACUUAAGGAAAGCUGGGUUUGGAAAGAGAUGAAGUCGGUGCGAAACGUCAGACCGUCCUUCCAUUCUUUUCUUGGAGUUUAUGGAUCUAUUAUAUACACUGCGCUCUUCUAUGUUUUCGGUAGAGGUGUAGAACCAUGGACUUUGAAACACGGUGGGGCGGAUGCAAAAAAGCUCAAGCCUGCCAGCGAGUGUACAGAAAUUGAAUAUCCGAAACCAGAUGGUAAAAUUUCAUUUGAUUUAUUGUCAUCUGUCGCUCUCAGUGGUACAAAUCACGAGCAUGAUCAACCACCUCAUUUAACGUUGAAAAACGAUUCCGUUCCAGUUUACCAAAACCUUGGAAUAUUCGACGGACCGGAACAAAGGUUUUGUCCUGCUGGUGUCUAUGAGUAUGUGCCACUAGAGGACGGUAAAGAGGGCGAAAUGAGACUUCAAAUUAACGCUCAAAACUGUGUUCAUUGCAAGACCUGUGAUAUUAAAGACCCAAGCCAAAAUAUUAAUUGGGUUUGCCCGGAAGGUGGUGGAGGACCAGCUUAUAAUGGAAUGUAAGAUAGCUAUUUCUCACACAGUGUGCAAAGCUGUCAAAGGAUUUGGGCUGUUCCAUAAAUAAAGUUUCAUGGCUCCAUAUCUGUAGUUAUUUUUGAAGUUUACUUUUCAAGAGAUAAAGUUCAAGCAUUGGGAUGGAUUGAUUCACCUCAUUUGAUAAUUUAUUAUAAAUUAUGCUAUUUAGAGUAUAUUGAUACAGUCUUUUCCAAUGACCACAUGGUCGUAUCGUUGCCACCUAGUCUGUACCGAGAACUUUUCGCUUUCAAUUAAUAAUAUUUUGUUGUGUUUUCUGGUGGACAAGACAAAAUAAAUCUGUCUUUGAAUAUUUCAGAACCCUUAGUUAGCAUCCUAAAUAUGGCUCAUAUAUUAAUCGUUAACUAAAAAUCGAACCCUCACAUUAUUUUUUCAGUAACUUCCGGUUUCUGGCUAUAUUUCUUUAAAUAUUCAUCAGCUCAGUUUAAUCGUUAUGCCCAAAAUGCAAUUUUUAGGAAUAUUCUUUGCUAAUUUAUGUUACUCUAUAGCAAAUAUUUGCCUCAUAAUGUUUGUUCCAUUUUUCAAAGCAUUUAUAUUUUUGUUGCUACUUUUUUUUGCUUAUUUUUUGAUCUCGAACAAGUAUAACUUCUAUGUUUGUUGUUUUCUCCUAUCUCUUGUGUAUAUGCUGACAUUGGACAAGAAUGUUUGUCAGGUCUCUGGGUUAAAGUCAAAAUUUUGACAUGCAUGGUAUCAGAGUUCCAUGUUUCUUGAGUAGAAUAUAAACGCUCACAGCGGUCAAUUUCUUUUUGCAAUCAAAAUUUUAUUAUUAUAAAAACAGUAACUUGGCCAUUUUGCUUAGAAUUGAGUCAAAUUUUAGUAUUUUUGUUACCCUGAACUUUUGUUAGUUUCUGCUGCCCUGGUUAGUUUAUUAAUCAUGGUUGGUCACCAAGACCAAGAUUAAAUGUUUGGUUUAAUAAUUUUGAAUAUUGUGGAGGGAAAAACCUAAUUUCACAGUAUAAUCUUGGCUGUAAAUUAAUUGUUACAUGGCGUUCAGCUCACAUUAGGUUUGAGCCUAUUUCAGAGACCCAAGUAAAUGCAAAAACUAUUUAAUCGAUUCCUACUUCUACUACCUAAUUGCUAUGCACACAGUAUCUUGGCCAUUUCAAAAUGAAUUAGUCACAAGGCAAUUGUUGAAUAAUAUGACCCUGCUCCCAGCAAAAUUUUUUUUGCACUAUAGAUCUCAAGUGUAAUUUGAUAUACUUGUAAGAAACCAUCAUUGAUGUCUCAAGGGUUAUUGAGAAUUGCUAUUAAGUGGCAAACUGGGUAUAUUUUUUCCCUAGACAGAAAGAUGCUGAUAGUAUUAGCUUUUUUUCAUAUCUAGAAUGUAGAUCAAUUUUUGAGUUGCCAAAAUUCUGAAAUAAAAGAUACAAAAUUUCA